AUGGAGAUUGUCAAGCAAAUAAACGAGACAAAACACUUUAUAAUCGAACAAAUAGACGAGGGAGUUGCACUCUGUAACGACGAUGUUCACGGAUUUUUAAAGCGUCACAUAUUAGGAUCUUCUGUGAGUAACACUGGGACCUUUCCCAUAAAGACAGAUUUUGAUAUGAAAAGAUUUGUCCAUUGCCUAUUCUUUCUCCUUCCCCUAUGCCACUGUGGAAGUGUUGGCCGGGAGUCACUGUCUACUGCCAACGAUGUAAAUGGACAGCCUGAAGGACCAGUCAUAGUACGUGUGGAAGAAGACUUUACACCCUAUCAGCGGAUACCUGUGACUAUGGAUCUCACGAAUCCGGACAGUAAACUCUUUGAGAUUGAAGGCGAAAUGCAGAGCGAAUAUCCUAUAUCCGUAACUCCAUGGCGUGAAUAUUAUGUCACAAGAGUGAUCUAUAGCGGUGGCACUCUCUGGAGAUCUCAAGAUGACUGGGAAUGCACACAUGUCUAUGCAUACUCUAGAGCUAAUGAUACGCUCUUAAUGAUGGGAUUCAAGAGGGCCAGACGGAGGGAAUAUAGAGCGCUGCACAGAGACAAGGGUGGAGAAUGGAAGGAAAUUAGCAUGAUGGCUGCCUAUCAUUUAAUCUUUUGUACGGAGAAGGAGGGAUCUGAGAAUGUAACGUCGGUGUAG